CUCUGCUGUUCUGGGCCGGCGGGGUCGGGUCUCCCGUCCGAGCGCUGGCCCCGGGCAGCCCUCUGUCCCCACGGGGUACGCUUGGCUCUGCCGGGCUGCGCUGCCCCUCCCCGGCGUCCUUCCUGUGGCGGGAUGAGGAAGCGGCUCCGUUUGCUCCCUACCAGGAGAGUGCUGGGGAACUCGCACAUCCCUAUGGCCCGGCCCGGCUCAAGGCCUCCAGGCUCUGCAGGGAAAAGAAAUGUUUCUGGAGCAAGAAGGCUCACUGUGUGCUCAGCACUGUCUGAAUAAUUUGCUACAAGGGGAAUACUUUAGUCCUGUUGAGUUAUCCUCUAUUGCACAGCAGUUGGAUGAAGAAGAAAGAAUGAGAAUGGCAGAGGGAGGAGUGUCUAGUGAAGAAUAUAGAACUUUUUUACAGCAGCCUUCUGUAAAUAUGGAUGAUAGUGGAUUCUUCUCAAUUCAAGUUAUAAGCAAUGCCUUGAAAGUUUGGGGUUUAGAGCUAAUCCUGUUCAACAGCCCAGAGUAUCAGAGGCUGGGGAUCGAUCCUAUAAAUGAAAAGUCAUUUAUUUGUAAUUAUAAGGAACACUGGUUUACAGUUCGAAAGUUAGGAAAACAGUGGUUUAACUUGAACUCUCUCUUGAUGGGUCCAGAACUAAUAUCAGAUACAUAUCUUGCACUAUUCUUGGCUCAAUUACAACAGGAAGGUUAUUCCAUAUUUGUAGUAAAAGGGGACUUGCCAGACUGUGAAGCUGAUCAGCUAUUGCAGAUGAUUCGGGUUCAGCAGAUGCAGCGACCAAAGCUAAUUGGAGAGGAGACAGCACAGUUAAGGGAUCAGAGGCUACCCAGAAGUGAUACAGACCAAGCAAUAGAAGUUAACCAUCCUUUUGAUGGGACUGGCAUGUUAGAUGAGGAUGAAGAGAAUUUUCAGAGAGCCCUGGCUCUAAGUAGGCAAGAAAUUGAUAUGGAGGAUGAAGAAGCUGAUCUUCGCAGAGCCAUUCAACUCAGCAUGCAAGGUAGUCGUCGAAGUGAGUUUGUGGACUCAUUACCACAGAAUGUUCCUCAGUCACCUCACACAAGUCAGAAAGAGUCUCUUUCUUCAGAAGAACUGCGAAGGAGAAGACAAGUAUAUUUUGAAAAGCAGCAACAACAGCUACAGCAGCAAGAUCAGACCCCAAAUCUACAUGAUAAGCCAACUCUAAACACAAGCACUCUAGAAGCUGAGCCAGGAGGUGAUAUGAGUGAAGAAGACAUGCUUCAAGCAGCCAUGAAUAUGUCUUUGGAAUCUGUUAGAAACCACUUGAAUAAAGAAGAGGAGAAAUGACAACUUUUUUUUUUCCUUUUAUUGUCAAAACACUAAGUCUCCAUUAUAAUUUUACUGUGUGGAUGUUGCACAAACAGGGUUCAUUUCAGAGUUCUGGAAGCAGGAAUGAAAGGGGGGCUGGAGGUCAGAGUUUAGAGGGAAUCUGCAAAUACUAAAAAAGAUUGCACUAAUUUAGAAAACUGUAGCACUUCUACUACAGAACCUCUGUUCACAAGAGUAUCUGUAUUAAAAUUACUUAAACUGUUCACAUAAACAAAGUUAGAUACAUGUAGCAGCUGUAACUUGCACUUACACAGCAAGUUUGCAUUGUUUUGAAGAAUUCUGUAGAAAAUACAAAAGAUGCCGAAAACCACCAUCAACUGAUUUCCUUCAGUACUAAUGGAAAAAGGAGACACAAGUAAUUAGUUGUUCUCAUAGAUUACUAAGUACUUGAUAAGAAAUUACUUAAAAUGGGAAAAUUAAAUUCUGCUUAUCUUGGAUAAUUUAUUUUGUGACUGUAUAUGCUGAAUGACUAAAUGUCAACUUUUUGAUCCUGCUGUCCACUUUUGAAAUGACCCAUUCUGCAGGAGAAUGAUGAAUCCAUAAAUUUCAUACUUUACAAUCAGAAUCUUCAGUAUGUUAUUGAUAAUCACAUUAUUCCUGAAUCUCUAGUGAUUUUUGGUCUUCUAACACUGUCUGGGUUUACUUUCAAUUCUGACUGUAAAAUUUUUAGACACAUAUUUAAAGUAGGAUUUUUGUUAUUGGCUUGUUGUCUUUUGAAAGGUAACUUUCCUUCUUAGUUCUUAGUUUUUGUUUGGGUUUUGUUCUUUUUAAAUUCGUUUUUGUUUUCUUAUGCUAUUUCUAGUUUUGCCACUGUAUUUACUAUAAAAGUAGCAUAUGAUCAGUUGGGUUAAAUAGGUUUUCUACCUCUUUUGCAGUCCUUUUUUCAUCUUCAGGCUCAACCCUUCAUUCUGACCUUUCAGUAUGAAAGAGCUGUGACUGAGUCUAGGAGAAAGGAUGAGGGGAUUUAGGUGCCAUAAAGUCAGUGCCACACACAUAAGGUGCAUUCCUGCAGUCUGAAAUGACCCCUGUGCAAGCAGCUCUUUUAUGAAUCAAUAUUUAUGUUUGUGUGGAUGUUCUUUUCUGAAAUGCUUUGUAUGAGUGUCAGAAUGUUGCAGCUUUUUCAGGAAUGGCCUUUAUUCAUGCACCUUACAAUUUUUUUAUCAUGCUGUUUCUGAUCCUGAGAAAAAUUGGGGAGCAAAGUAUGUGAGAGAGCAUCUUCUAAUAGCUGUAAGACAUUUGCUUUCAUACACAGGAUGAAUGUGGUGUAAUGAAAUGACCAAACUUGAUUUUCAACUUUAAUAAUUGAGAUAUGUUUCAUUUUCCUAAAUGGUGCUUGAAAUACAAAUUCUGUUUACAUACACAUUAUACAGAAAUAUAAGUAGAGUGUGUAAUCUGUAGUCCACUUAAUGCAUUAACACGUAGCACAGGCAUUCCCAGAAUCUUCUAAAGAUAACCCCAAAUUUCUUUAUCAAAAUAUUCAAAAGUUGUAUUACUACACAACAGUAACAUUUAAUUGAAAUCAGUAUGAAACUAAUGGUAGCUAGAUGGAAAUACACAUUCAGCAUCAGGUGGUACUGUACAUGAAAGGGCUCUUAACUCUCAGUAAAGAUUUGUUUACAGCAAUGGUUUCUUGGUAGGUUAGGAUAUUAUAUCAUUAUACAUAAUUGGGCUAAAUUCUCUUUUACUUUACUGUGUGCUGUAAUUCUGCCAAUGUUACCAGAAUCACUUGUAUGUGUAAGGCAGCAUGGAUUUUGACAUGAGACAGCACUACUUCUUAAAAACUGAUUUUAAAUUGUCUUUUUAAAAUUACUGUCAUGCACACCAUUAUUAAUCUGUGAUGUCUCAAAUUAUUAUAGCUUUAAAAUGGCUUUAAAAGUCCAAGUGUGCAUAUGCCAGUUUGAAAUAUGAUAAUUUUUCAGGACGUAAAUUUCUGCUUCCAGUUUAAAAUUUAUGUGAAACUGAAAACAGGAAUCUGUAAAGCACUGAAUUAUUUCUUUGCUCAACUCUAAGUUCUCCACAGCUUUAAUUUCCCUUCUUUUGUUGUGCCAUAAACUGAUUCUAAACUAAGACUCUCCUUUUUACAAAUAGGCAUAGGCUGGCAAUUUGGUAGCAGUACUUGCAAUUUGGAUCUUUUAGCUUCUGUUAAAGGAGUAUUAAAAAAUACAUUAUUUAUCUAAUUAUGUAAUGUAGCAGCCCAAUAUUAAAAACAAUCAAAAAACAGAACCACAAAACUAAGCCCCUUAAAUUGCAUUAACUGUAACUCAGUUACAUGUUUUUAUAAUCACAAAAGCAUGGAGGUUUUUAUUUGAACUCUGAAGUCACUUUCUAAGUUACUUUAUCACCUAAGUGUUUUAAUAGGUAAGGAAUAUAAAGUAACAGUGCCUGGAAAGCACAAUUUGUCAAGCAUUACAGGACUAACCAUACUCCUUUCUGUUUAGAAACAUUGUCAUUCUGCAAGCACCACUUGGAUUUUACUGAGGAAUGUCAAGGUUAAUGUAGUAUGUUUAUCUCCACUGUCAAGCAGUUAAGAGGUAGCAGUUUAAACUAUGUUCAUGGCACCAAAGGAAAAGGCCAGUACUGAUUACUGACCAUACAUUUUAUAACCCAGACCUAAAGUUCAAGUCCACCUAAGUCCAUGGACCUGCCAAGAUGUAGUCAAUAAAAAGCUGAUUUCCUUUUUUAGUGUGCGUUCUUUCACUGAUAAACAGUUCUUAACAUGGCUGAACAAUGCUUAUAAAGUGUUCACUAAUUUAUAGCCUUUUCCUACUGUUAACUGUUCUGUCAAGCUGAAAGGUUUCUUCCCAUGAUGUAGCUUUAGGCCAAAGUCCAUUGUAAAGGACCAGAAAUAAUUUUAACUACAGUAUGAUAUUUAAGGGAAUUUCAGACUUCAUUCAUCCAGCAGAAUUUUACUGUCUUCCUCACAGUGAAUGGUCCAUGGAGCAUUCCAGGAAAAUGGGCAAUACUUAAAUACUUCCCUAAAUUAGUUCUGUACUUAUAAUUCUGUAAACUGCUGUCAUGGUUUUGUAAUGAGGGCAGGAGGAGAAAGUGUUACCAUGCAGUCAUGCUUGAAUGCAAUUCUUCUCAGGCACUGCAGGUAUAAAUAUGAGCUAUUUAAAUGCUCCCAUUUUUCUGGGUUUAAAAUUAAUGUUAUACAAUACUGGCUUACCCUCCAACAUUUCCACUCCUUUUGCCCUUCAGACAACUUCAGGAAGUUUAAAUGUAAUUUUUCAGCUAACGUACUACAAUUACUUUGCAGACUACUGAAAAAUAACCAAAGUUAAAAUCUCCCAUGUGUUUUAAUGUUGGUGUAUUGCUUCUAUUUCAGAUCUAUAAAAUGGUGAGGGGCUCAAGGCACUUUCUGCAAGUCUAGUAAAAAUUCUGCUUCUGUAUUCAGACAAAUAUUGCAAUUUACAAGCUGCAUUGCUUUCCCACAAAAAUUACAAUUAAGCUUUUAAAAACUGAUGUGCUGGUUUUAAAAGGCUUCUGCAGUUUUCUAUAAUGUAGCUUUUGUUUCAAACAUAAUGAUGAAAAUUUAUAAAUGGUGUUCUUUUUACUGAGAAGUAUUGUGGGAAUUGGGAUUGGAGAACUCUAGAAUUUAGACUUACAAAGUACUACUGUACAAUUCAUCCUACCAGCUCAUACUUUUAAGGGAACUGAAAAAAUAAUCCAAGGAAAAGAAAAACUGGAGACUUUUUUUUAAAGUUAUAAAGUUAUGUUGCUCACUUGGUAAGCCAUUACUGUCUUGCAUAAAACAACUCCUGGGAAAUCUUCGUAGUUACUUAGAAAUAUUUUUUUUUACAAAGUCUUAAUAAAUACAUUGAUAUCCAUUCCCCACAUACACAUAUUCAGCUAUGUAAGAACUAUAAUUCAUACUAAAUACUCAGUUCUUCAAUUUCAAAUUAGCAGCUUGUUUGUGUUGUAUCCCAGUUUGCAUCUCAAAAGCAUGAACUCUUUUGCAAUAAACUUUUUUUAACCUGUACACACACAUUGCCUUAUUUGCAGUUCAGAUAUGGAGGGAAUGCUUGAGUAUUUGACCUUCCGUAGCCACCUCUUUUCCCAGUAACAGUUCUGCAGAAUGUUAAAGUGCACGUGACUUUUCAACUGCUGUUACCAAAUUAAAAUGUUUUUACUUGAUUGUCUUGUUAAGAAAAGCAAAUAAUUGUGGGGGUUUUUUUUGGUUUUUUUUUACCCACCCCCAUAUAGCCACUGUGUGAAUUCUGGAGAGGAAAGUUGUAAAAGGGUUUGAGCAGAAAGGGAUGCAUGUUUAAAUGCCACUGUGGAAAAAGAAAAAAAAGAAAAAAAAAUUUGAUAUUGUCUUUAAAGCAUGCAAGCAUUGAAAAAAAUAUAUUUUUUGCUACAUGAAAUCCCAUGUGUACAAAACAGUGUAGUUAGAAUUUUGGAAGGCAAUAAUUUUUUCAUCUCUUGCCUAAUAGUUGUGUAUUUUAGAAAUCAGAUUUUUUUUCGUAUUUUUCAUCUGAGACUGCUUUCAGUAUCAUGUCUUUAGCUCUGGACUCUGAAUAAAAUUUUUUGUCUCUAGAAUAUAUGAGGAGUAUAUUACUAAAAAUAUUAAGAAAAGGAAGGCUGAAAUGCUUUGUCAUUGUUUUCACUGGAAAAUGGCAGUGCUGUUUGACAUUAUGAAAAUGCUAUUCAAAUAGGCACGAAUAUAUAUGGUUGUAUUUGAUAUAACUUUUUAAAAUAAAUAUUAUUAUAGCUUCU